AUGAACGGGGAUUCUUCAAGUAUGGACAAGCAAAGCUAUAUGGGGCAGUCGUAUAAUAAGAUCAUCGGCGCCACUGGAGAACAACUUGCCCCAGGUGCUGUUCCACAACAUCCAGUACUGGCGCCUGUUGUUGCUAAUCAAACCAACCAUUAUCAAAAUCUGUUGAACCAGGGAGCUUUGAAAAACCUUCAGCAAGUUCUAAAUGGUACGGCGACAAGUAAUUCGAACGGCCCAACAACUUCGACAGCAGCGAAUGGAACGGAAUCAACACCCGAGAAAUUGGUUGAACUGGCACAUCGACAAUUCCAGGCUGGCGAUUAUCUGACAGCUGAAAGAAACUGCCUUAGUAUAUUUCAGAAUGAUCCGAACAACAUAAGCGUUCUUCUUCUACUGUCUGCCAUCCAUUUUCAACUGAAAAGUCUUGACAAAUCGAUGAAGUAUUCAACGAUGGCGAUCAAAGCGAAUCCGAACUGCGCUGAAGCAUACAGCAACCUGGGAAAUGUAUUUAAAGAACGUGGUCAACUCGCAGAAGCCCUUGAAAACUAUCGGCACGCGGUUCGACUCAAGCCCGAGUUCAUUGAUGGAUAUAUUAACCUGGCUGCAGCGCUUGUUGCUGGAGGAGAUCUGGAUUCAGCAGUUAAUGCAUAUUACAGUGCUUUGCAGUGUAAUCCAGACCUCUACUGUGUCAGAAGUGAUCUAGGAAACCUGCUGAAGGCAAUGGGUCGAUUGGAGGAUGCGAAAAUGUGCUAUUUGAAAGCGAUCGACACACAGCCGGCGUUUGCCGUUGCUUGGUCAAAUUUAGGAUGUGUUUUCAACGCCCAAGGCGAAAUUUGGCUAGCCAUUCAUCACUUUGAGAAGGCAGUCACUUUAGACCCGAAUUUCCUCGACGCUUACAUCAAUUUGGGAAAUGUACUGAAAGAAGCAAGAAUUUUCGAUAGAGCAGUAGCUGCUUAUUUGAGAGCAUUGAACUUGUCUGGAAAUCAUGCUGUCGUCCAUGGAAAUCUGGCAUGUGUCUAUUACGAACAAGGACUCAUUGAUUUGGCUAUCGAUACAUAUCGACGAGCUAUUGAGCUUCAACCUAAUUUUCCUGAUGCUUAUUGCAAUUUGGCUAACGCUCUUAAGGAGAAGGGAUUGGUUCAAGAAGCUGAGCAAGCUUAUUUAAAGGCGUUGGAGCUGAGCCCAACACAUGCUGAUUCGCAAAAUAAUCUCGCGAACAUCAAACGAGAACAAGGAAAGAUCGAAGAAGCGACUCGGCUGUAUCUUAAGGCUCUUGAAAUCUAUCCCGAAUUUGCUGCCGCUCAUAGCAAUUUGGCUUCGAUUCUUCAGCAGCAAGGCAAACUUUCGGAAGCGAUUCUUCAUUAUAAAGAGGCGAUACGAAUUGCUCCGACGUUUGCUGAUGCGUAUUCGAACAUGGGAAACACGCUGAAGGAGAUGGGCGACUCAACGAAUGCACUUCAAUGUUAUACUAGAGCGAUUCAGAUCAACCCGGCAUUUGCAGAUGCGCAUAGUAAUUUGGCUAGUAUACACAAGGACGGCGGCAAUAUUCCUGAAGCGAUACAAAGCUAUUCGACGGCGCUCAAAUUGAAACCCGACUUUCCGGAUGCUUUCUGCAAUUUGGCUCAUUGCUUACAAAUUAUAUGUGACUGGACCGACUACGAAGAACGAAUGCGAAGACUUGUGCAAAUAGUUGAAGACCAGUUGGUCAAAAAGCGACUACCGUCGGUGCAUCCGCACCAUUCCAUGCUUUAUCCACUAUCGCACGCCACCAGAAUUGCGAUCGCCGCGAAACAUGCCCAGCUGUGCUUCGAUAAAGUCCAGAUGCUUGGUCGUGGUCCAUUCACUCAUCCUGACCGAUUAAGUGUCAAAAAUGGACAACGGUUACGGAUUGGCUACGUUUCGUCGGAUUUCGGAAAUCAUCCAACAUCACAUUUGAUGCAAAGCAUCCCCGGAAUGCACGAUCGAAACGUUGUUGAAGUUUUCUGUUACGCCUUAUCUCCGAAUGACGGAACGAACUUCCGGGCGAAGCUUGCAAAAGAAGCCGAACACUUCAUCGAUCUGUCUACGGUUCCAUGCAAUGGAAAAGCGGCGGAUAUGAUCGCGCAGGAUGGAAUUCACAUUCUCAUCAAUAUGAACGGUUACACGAAAGGCGCACGAAAUGAGAUUUUCGCGUUGAGACCCUCACCAAUUCAAGUAAUGUGGCUGGGAUAUCCCGGAACAUCUGGUGCUAGUUAUAUGGAUUAUAUAAUAACCGAUGCGAUCACAUCGCCUAUGCAAUUAUCUCAUGCCUACAGCGAGAAACUCGCCUACAUGCCUCACACAUUUUUCAUUGGAGAUCAUGCACAAAUGUUGAAGCACUUGACGGAACGAGUUAUUGUUCGAGACAAGGCGGCACCUCAGAACAAGGACACCGUAGUUGUUAUGAAUUCGACGAAUCUCGAGCCACUUCUCUCGAAAGCUGAUGUUACUCCAUACGUACGAGAGGCCGAAGUCGUUUGCGGACCCGGAAAAGAAGUCAUAAAGACAGAAGUGAUAAUGCCGAUAAUCGAAGUGCCGACGACGGAGCCGUUGAAACAAAUGAUAGGAACCGGUCAAGUUGCGACGAGCGUCGUCGACGGAGUUCAUGUACAAAAUGGACUUGCGCAGUCUCAAGUUCAUCACAAAGCGGCGACUGGCGAGGAGGUGCCAAAUUCGCUUCUCGUCACUUCACGACAGCAAUACAGCCUUCCCGAGGAUGCCAUCGUGUACUGUAAUUUCAAUCAGCUCUACAAAAUCGAGCCGUACACUCUUCAAAUGUGGAUUGAAAUACUCAAACGCGUACCAAAGAGUGUUCUUUGGCUUCUGCGAUUCCCAUAUCAUGGCGAACAUCAUGUGCACAAGUACUGUGCAGAGCGAGGUGUUGAUCCGAAACGCGUGGUGUUCAGCAAUGUCGCUGCAAAGGAAGAGCACGUGCGAAGGGGUCAACUCGCCGACGUUUGUCUUGAUACACCACUUUGUAACGGCCACACAACUGGAAUGGACAUUCUGUGGACUGGAACCCCAAUGGUCACGAUGCCUUUGGAAACCCUAGCAUCACGUGUUGCUUCUUCUCAACUUUAUGCUCUUGGUGUUCCCGAACUUGUUGCGAAGUCUCGUCAAGAGUAUAUUGAAAUUGCAGUGCGAUGUGGAACUGAUCCGGAAUACUUAUCUGGUCUACGUGCGAAAGUGUGGAAAGCGCGAACGACUUCGACAUUGUUUGAUGUUAAGCAGUAUUGCCGCGACAUGGAAGCACUUCUCCAUCAAAUGUGGAAACGAUAUGAAGAAGGACUUCCUGUUGAUCAUAUCACCAAUAACACCACCACACCAGAAGGAUUGGUCUAA